AUGCAUGUGUCAGGCACACCGGCCCUUGUGCUUGGAACAUCUUUGUUCUGCGCAUAUGCCAUCGCUGGUUCAAUCUACUCCUUAACGCUACAUCCACUUGCUGAUGUUCCUGGUCCAAAGCUGUGUGGCAUUAGCCGGAUCCCAUACUGGCUUUCAUGCGUCCGAGGAAAAGACGUUCGCUGGCUACAUGAGCUGCACAUCAAAUACGGCCCUAUAGUACGCUUUGGCCCAACAGAUCUGAGCUACGCCACUGCCUCAGCCUGGAAAGAUAUCCAUGGAUAUGGCAAGGGAAGGGUGGAGAACGCGAAAGCACCAGAAUUCUCAGUGCAACCCGUCAAUGGUGUUCCCAGCAUGCUGAAUGCCACUUUCGACGAUCAUGCGCGAGUCCGCCGCCUGUUUUCGCCCGCAUUUUCCGACCGCGCACUGAAGAAGCAAGAGCCGCUGUUCAAGAGAUAUGUUGACGUUCUGUUGUCGAAAUUGAACGAGAGAGCAGAGACUGGAGAACCUGCUGAGCUGACUCAACUAUACAACUUCGCCACUUUCGAUAUCAUGGCUCAAUUAUGUUUCGGUCAUCCGCUUGGUUUAUUGGAAAAGAACGAACUCAGCCCAUGGGUCCGCUCUGUCUUCGAGUCACUGAAGAUGUUGCCAUUUGCAUCCAUAAUAGCUUAUUACCCGCUGCUCGAUGCUCUUUUCACGCGUUUUGAACCGAAGUGGGUGACUGCACAACGAAAAGAACAUUGCCAGCACUCUGCCGAUCGCGUAGACCAGCGAUUGGAACAAGGCUCUGAUCAGCCCGAUAUCUGGAAUCUGGUAGUUUCGGCGCAAUCGACUGAAAAGGCACUUUCAUUAGAAGAGAUGCACUCAAACGCCGAACUUUUUAUGCUGGCAGGAUCAGAAACAACAGCGACUCUUCUUAGCGGUCUGACUUUCUAUCUACUGUCUCAACCAGAGAAGUGGGCACGUCUAACUCGAGAGAUCCGUACCGCGUUUCAGACAACAGAAGACAUGUCCUUUGAGAGUCUUGCUGAAUGCAAGUAUAUGAACGCUUGCUUGAAAGAAGCUCUUCGCAUAUAUCCUCCCGUGCCAAUCGGAAGUCCACGUGUAAUUCCUGAGAAUGGACAGGAGAUUCUUGGGAGAUGGAUUCCACAGGAUACGCGAGUAUCUGUACACCACUAUUCAACUUACCAUUCUGAGAGCAACUUCCGAGAUCCCGAUGCAUUCGCACCCGAGCGAUGGCUUGGGGAACCACUCUACGCUAAUGACAUACAAGAAGCCCAUCAGCCCUUUGGCUUCGGACACAGAAACUGUCUUGGUCAGAAUAUGGCUAUGCAUGAGAUGAGGCUCAUCCUUGCCUCAAUCGUGCUACGCUUCGAUCUACAAUUAUGCGACAAAAGUCAAGAUUGGAUCGAUCAACUGUCUUUUGCGCUGUGGACCAAAAACUCAUUGAUGUGUAAAAUUACUCGCGCUCAAACGUAA